AGGAAAUGGGCGAUUACGAUGAAAACCUAGUUAGUAGACAGUUAGGCGUCUAUGGUAAAGAAACCAUGGGUAAACUAGCAAACAUGAGGGUCUUAAUAGUCGGAAUGAGGGGUCUUGGAGCUGAAGUUGCCAAAAAUCUUAUCCUAGCAGGUCCAAAGAGGGUUGAUAUCUACGACCCUCACAAGGCUCACAUCAGAGACCUCUCUUCUAACUUCUACAUUAGCGAGAGAAGUGUUUUGAGAAGAAGGAGGGAUAUUGCAUCUCUCAAGAGACUUGCAGAGCUAAACAGUUACGUUAAAGUUCGGGUUCUUGAUGAAGAUGAAGAAGACGAUAGCGAAAUUGACUCGGACGAUGACCUCAUCAGACAAUCUGACGAAGAUUCUGAGGAAGAAUCAGGCUCAGGUGAUGAAAACGAAGCCUCAGAAGAAUCCGACGCAGACUCUAAAGAAGAAUCUCAAGAACUCUCAGGCGGCGAAUCAGACAAAGAGUCUGAAGAAGAAAAGUUUGAAGAAGAAAAGUCUGAAGAAGCUGAUGAAGCUGAAGGGGAAGCAAGCGAAGCGGGAGAGGGAGAGGAAGAGGCCUCAGAAGAAGAUUCUGAAGAAGAGAACAUCCUUCUUCAAGAAGAAACUAUUUUAAAAUAUCAUGUUAUCGUAGUAACUGAAAUCUUUGAAAAUAUUGAGGUGAUGAUGGAGCUUAACGAGAAGUGUAGAGAUCUCAAAAGAGGCUUCAUUCUUGCUCAGAGUCUUGGGGCUUAUGGUUACUGCUUUGUUGACUUUGGAGAGAAGUUCAAAUGCUUAGACAGAACUGGAGAAGAGAGCAAAAGUUAUAACAUCGUUGGAAUCACAAAAGCAAAGAAAGCUGAAUUAACUGUGUACAAGGGCAAGCCUCAUGAUUUUGGAGAUGGUGAUCAUGUCAAGUUCUCAGAAGUUAAAGGAAUGGAAGAAUUGAAUGAGCUUGAAGAACCAGUCAAGAUCAGAGUCAUUGAUAAGUAUACCAUAGAGUUAGAUCUCGAUACCAGAGAUUUUGAGGAUUAUGAAAUUGAUGGCAUAAUUUCUAGUGUGAACGUACCAGAAAAGAUUGAAUUCCAAAACUUAAGAGAUUCUCUUAAUAAUCCAUUAAAAGUUGGUCAAGGAUUCUUUACUCAAGUUGAUCUGGCUAACUUUGGAAGAGCAGAGCAGCUACAUAUUGGUUUACAGGCUAUCCUUGGAUACCAGCUUAAGAAUGGCAGGUUACCUAAAAAUAAAAGAAAAGAGGUUCAUGAAGUAGUGAAAUUAUCUCAAGAAGCAAAUAAAGCUUUAAAGAAAUUAAAUGGAGCUUUCUCAGUAGAUAAAAUUGAUGCAGGAGUGGUUAAAUUAAUGGCUAAAUUUGCUAGAAAUCAAAUUACACCAAUGACUUCCAUGUUCGGUGGAAUUGUGUGUCAAGAAGUUGUCAAAUUUACAGGGAAAUUUGCCCCACUUGAAGGUCAAUGGCUACAUUACGAUAUGUUCUCUGCUCUUCCAAGAAAACAUAAGCUUAACAGGAAGCAUGCCAAUUCAAGGUAUGAUGAUCAGAUAGCCAUAUUCGGGAGAGAGUUUCAGAAAGAAAUCGAGAAGCAAAAAACCUUCCUUGUCGGUGCAGGAGCUCUUGGAUGUGAGCUGCUAAAAUGUUUUGCCUUAAUGGGUCUUGGUUGCUCUAAUAAAGGACUUGUAGCAGUUACAGAUAACGAUCAUAUCGAACUUUCAAACUUAAACCGCCAGUUCUUGUUCAGGAACAGGCAUAUUGGCAAGGCGAAAUCGACUACAGCGUGAAAAGAAGCAACUAAGAUCAACAAGGAUCUCAACACUAAGCCAUAUUCCAAUUUAGUUAGCCCUGAUACUGAGAAUAUUUUUAACGAUAAGUUCUGGGAAAGUCAAAAUUAUAUCGUUAACGCAGUUGAUAAUAGGAAAGCUCGCCUUUACAUUGACUCGAAGUGUGUAUGGUAUAAGAGAGCUCUCUUCGAUAGUGGAACUCUUGGAACCAAAGCUAACACACAAGUAGUCCUCCCAGAUCUCACUGAAUGUUAUGGCGACCACCAAGAUCCUGAGGAAGAAAGCAUCCCAAUGUGUACUCUUAGAAACUUCCCUAACCAAAUUGAGCACUGUAUCGAAUGGGCUAGAAACAGAUUUGGAGAGCUAUUUACCGACAAGCCUACUAACCUGAGAUCUUUCCUUACUGAUCGAGAAGGAUACAUAGAAAAGAUUAAAAAGGAUGGGUUUGAUUCGAAUACUCUCAAAGACCUCAAAACAAUUAAAGAUAUUGGAGAGCUUUCAACCUUUGAAGAAUGAGUUGGUUUUGCCAAGCAAAAAUUCUAUGAAGAUUACGAGCUCCAAGUUAACAAACUAAUUGAACUGUUCCCUGAAGACCAUAAGGACUCUACAGGUGCUCCCUUCUGGAGUGGUCCCAAGCGAUUCCCUGAACCCAUACCUUUCGAUGCAGAAGAUGAGCUCCACCUAGAUUAUAUAAUAGCUUGCGCCAAUCUCAUAGCAGAGACACUUGGCAUUGACCAAAACGAAGACAAGGACGAUAUAGCUAGAAUGGCCGAAGAAGCCGAAGUCGAAGAAGACGCUUUCGCUGCCGAAAUCGAUGUUGAAGGCGACGAAGAAGCCAAGAAAGCAGCAGGCAAGCCUGAGAAAAAGAAACCCGAAGAAUCCAAGGAGCAAGCUGAUGAGAUCAUAGAGGAUCUUGAAGAACUUGAAGAUAAAGAAGCUGAUGAUAUUAAUCCAGCUGAAUUUGAGAAGGAUGAUGACACCAAUUUCCAUAUUGAUUUCAUCCAUGCAGCUGCCAAUUUGAGAGCAAGGAACUAUAAGAUGGAGGAAUGCGACCAUUUUAGAUCAAAAAUGAUUGCUGGAAAGAUCAUUCCUGCCAUCGCAACCACUACUGCUACUAUUGUGGGUAUCUUAUGCAUUGAGAUUCUUAAAUACAUACAAAAGUUCAAGAAGAUCUCUGAUUACAGAAAUACUUACCUCAAUACUGGAAUCGGAACUUACCUCCAGAAUGAACCAGGAGAGCCCAAAAAGACAGUUGAUGUGGAAGAGGAUCCUAUUAUGCUCACUGCCGUAAAGGCCUGUCCUCCAAAUUGGACUAUUUGGGACACUAUUGAGAUAGAGGGACCUCUUACAGUAAAGAAUUUCAACAAAGAAAUCGCUAAAGUAGCCAAGAAGCACAAAAUGAAGGUUGAAGUUGACAUGGUUGCUUACGGAGAAAAGCAGUUCUACUCAGAUACCUAUAAAUCUGACAAGAAAAAGGAGAGACUAGAGCAGACCAUAGAGGAACUUUAUGAGCAAGUUAUUGGCAAAGACCUUGACCAGAAAGCCAUAAGGUUAGAAGUAUCUGCAGCUAACAGUGAUGGGGAUUGUGUAUCUAUGCCUGCGAUAAAGUACAUAGUUGGAUAAUACUUAUAAGUAUGCAAACAUUGUUCCAC